GAUACUACCUAGAACGUAUGAAACAAAAGUGGGAGUAACUACACCCGGUAGUAUAUAUUAUUUUGAUUUUUUUCGAAAUUUCAAGCUGCAUAGAGCAAGGGAUCCAAAAUAAGAUUGGGUUUUUGGGUAAGCGUAGAACUAGUAGGUGCGUGUGUGUGCUGAGGAGAUAAAAAGGUUGGCCACAGCACAUCGCAAGCAGGCGUAGAGAGUCAAAGAGCAAGGCGUGGCCAAACUCUCCCUGUCUCCCAGUCCCAGCCGACGAACUCAUCUCCAAGCCUCGGCCAUGGAGACGGAGCCGCGGUCAACGCCGCACCUCCUCCUCGUCCCCUUCCCGGCGCAGGGCCACGCGCUGCCGCUGCUCGACCUGGCCGCGCUGCUCGCGUCCCGCGGCCUCCGCCUCACCGUCGUCACCACGCCCGCCAACGCCCCGCUCCUGUCCCCUCUCCUCGCCGCCCACCCCGGCUCCGUCCAGCCCCUCGUCCUCCCCUUCCCCACCCACCCCUCCCUCCCGCCGGGCCUCGAGAACACCAGGAGCUGCCCGCCCUCCUACUUCCCCGUCUUCAUCCACGCGCUAGCCAAGCUCCGCCAGCCCGUCCUCGCGUGGGCCAGGUCGAACUCUCACCCCGUCGCCGCCGUCGUGUCCGACUUCUUCUGCGGGUGGACGCAGCCCCUCGCGGCCGAGCUCGGCGUGCCCAGGAUCGUCUUCUCGCCCUCGGGGGUCCUCGGCACCGCCGUCCCGCACUCUCUGUUCCGUCGGUUGGUCAAGCGGCCGUCGGAUGCCGAUGACGGGUUCGGCGUCUCGUUCCCGGCGAUUCCCGGCGAGCCGGCGUUUCACUGGAGAGAGCUCUCCGGGAUGUACAGGGGCUACAUGGAAGGCCAGGUGGAGGAGCAGGUCGGCGAGGCCGUGAGGCAGAACUUCCUCUGGAACCUGGAGAGCUGGGGGUUUGUGUCGAACACCUUCCGUGCGCUGGAGGGGACGUACCUGGACUCGCCGCUCGAGGACCUGGGGUCCAAGCGCGUGUGGGCGGUGGGUCCGCUAGCGCUGGAGACGAGCAGCUCCGGAGAUCGUGGCGGCGAGGCGGCUCUUGUCGCCGGCGAUCUCGGGGCGUGGCUGGGCGGCUUCCCGCAGGGCUCGGUCGUGUACGUGUGCUUCGGCAGCCAGGCGGUGCUGACCCCGGCCGUGGCGACGGCCCUAGCCGAGGCGCUGGAGCGGAGCGCCGUCCCGUUCCUGUGGGCCGCGGGCGACGGCGCGGUGCUCCCGGAAGGGUUCGAGGCCCGCGCGUCGGCGGCGAGGCGCGGGCUGGUGGUGCGCGGGUGGGCGCCGCAGGUGGCGAUCCUGCGGCACGCGGCGGUGGGGUGGUUCAUGACGCACUGCGGCUGGAACUCGGUGCUGGAGGCGGCGGCGGCGGGCGUGCCCAUGCUGGCGUGGCCGAUGACGGCGGACCAGUUCGUGAACGCGCGGCUGCUCGUGGACGAGGCGCGCGUCGCGGUGCGCGCGUGCGCGGGCGGGAUCGGCGUGGCCCCGGACGCCGGCGAGCUCGCGGCCGUGCUGGCCGGCGCUGUCGGGGAGGGAGGGAGCGCCGCGCGGGCGCGCGCCAAGGAGCUCGCGGCGGAAGCGGCCGGCGCGACCAAGGAAGGCGGGAGCUCGCGCCAGGAUCUGGAGCGGCUGGUGCUAGAGAUUCAGAAGCUUUGAGCCUUUGAACGUGGCGCGAUGGAUUUUGGAGAACAUUCACGGAGUUGUUUCUGGCUUUCUGCUAUACACUCCGUAUACAGUGCUCAAUUUCUAGAUUUUUUCGGCACUUUUUUUUCCUGCAGCUAUGCCGUUUAUAUAUGAUAAACAAUCGAAAUGGAUUAUGCAUGCUUCAUCCUA